UUACAAUUCCACGACACCUUUUACGCAGUUGAGCGCCCCCCAGCGCACCCCAGCGCCCCCAUUGGGGCUUCCAUCGUUUCUUCAUUCUUCGUUCUUUAAAAACUUGUGGUACCACCAGAUAGCACCACCCAGGAAUCAUUCGACGGUCAUGCAGCUGAUCCAAAAAGACCUUUGAGGGGCCCUGCCAGAAUGCGGAGAAAGUUGCGAUCAUGGACAGUGCAAGGGCUCAUGAAAUGCUAGCUUCCAACCAGAAGUUGUCAAAUGACAGCGCAAAUACACUUCGAUUCGAGGUUCCUUGGGGAAGUGCAAAUACUUUGUUGAUGUGGUGCACGUCUUUGAACUUUGGUCAGAAGAACGCAUUCUACAAUCUGGAAAGAGCAUCAUGAAUUGCUGAGGGGUGGUAGUAGACCUGCAAAGUAAGACAAAUUCUCGUUCUCUUAAAGUCCCCACAGAAAGCAUGGUCGAAAGCUCUUGGUCAGCAUAACACCUUGAAGAUCAUGGCAUUUGCAAUUUGCCACCAGGCGAUAAGCGCUCUGGUGGUGCUGCUUAUGCUGUCAGAACUUAUAGCUGCUCAGGGUGCAGCAAAGCUAGAGAGGCAGAAUAACUUUGGGCGCAUUCAGCAUGAAGUGUACGACCAGCUGCGGCCAGAUGUGGAGCAAUCGGCGCACACACUGCUGACAAAGAGGCAGGAGUCUCUGAAGGUGCCUCUUGAGAUCAAUGUGGCCCUCCUCGGUUUCAACGGCGAUGGGGCAUACAACUUCCAGAUUGAUGAGAAGGAGCUGUCCGACUUCUUCACAAAGAGUUUGCCUGAGCACCGACCAUCAUGCUUGGAAACCGGCCAACCACUGGAGAUCAGUUACCAACUCAAGUACACCGUGUUCCAUGUCUCUCCCAAUCUAGUCACCUCACUUCAGAACACCAUCAGGGCCUCCCUUGUGCUGACUGGAAAGGAGCUCGACCCGGAUGUAUACAUGGAGCUGCCCACAUACGAGCUUAACACCACUGCGGUCGAAAAGCGCUUCGACGUCAUCUACAAGUCCUACUUUGGCCAAAAGCUGACCCAAUCGCAAGAAGGCGGGAACCCGGGGCCCGCAGUCAUCUUCAUUGCGAACUUUGACAAGAUGAAGAUGAACCCCAACGAUACGGCGGUUCCUCCGCCCAUGUCGGGCGGGGUUCCGCUUAACGACGGCGGCUUCUUGUAUCGGUACCGCUACAUGAACAGCGGGCUAACGUCAGCCUGGCUCGGAGCUGGCAGGUACGCAGUGGCCGACAUUUCCGCCGGCCCCUGCUCUUACGGCCGGAUCAGCGCCCCCGAGGGCGUGAUCGGCCCGUUCACACUGCCCCGGUUGCGGCGGGUAAUCAUCCCCCGGUGGAAGACAGCGCUCGGGAGAGAAGAAACGGAGAAGGUGCGGCGGACCAAGUUCCGGGGACAGCUGUCGACGCUCGUGAUGUCAGCGGUGCAGCACCUCAUUGCACCCGACAUCAGAUUCGAGACCCUGGACUCGGCGGAACGGGUGCUGGUCCCGAUCAUCGUCCUGCGCAACCACGCGCUCUUCAACCCCUUCGUCCAGGGGCCCGAGGCGAUUGACCUGCACCGGAUGGAAACCGAGAUCAAACGCCUCGCUCAACCCAACCAGGAAGUCGUGGUCGUCGGCGCGGUCCACUCACUACACGAGCACGGCCAGCUGGCGGUGGCUCUCGCCAAGGCGACCCGGGGCGCCUCCGUGCACGUGCCCAGUCCCGACAACCGCCAGCACACUAUCGUUUCGAAAACGUAUGUUGACGGGGCGGUGCUUAUCGAGGAGAUGCGGCACACUGCGGACGUCCUUGCAGCGGGGAUGCUGGAGGUGGCGCAUCCGGACGUGGCGAAGUCGUUCUUUGACCAGCCGACCACGGACGCUGCAGACGACGGCUCUGCGCGGGAGGAGCCUCCUAAGCGCGACGGCAAGCCCGGCGGGAAGAAGCAACCGGGGGAGAGGCGGAGGCUGGCGCAGAAGAGCCGGGGGCCGUCCCGAGGAACCAGGGUGGUGCCAGUGUACGUACUGUCUUUAGCCGGUAUGGACCAGGAGCUGCUCCUGGAGGGGGAGACGCUCUACGCCGCCAGCCCCCAGGCGGUGAUCGUGCUGCAGACGAACGCCAACCGGAGCGUACCUACAAGCUACGUCUCCGAGAGCGAGAUUAUUCACAUCAACCCGGCCGCCCCCACCCGGCACAUCAUCGCCGGGGUGGCGAGCGUGCUCAGCGGCCUGGCGGCGCCCCACGAGCGGUGGUCGGUGAUCCGGAACCGGGCACAGGAAAACUGGAUGUGGGCGAAUGGGCAUCAUCCGUUUGGGCCGUUCUCCAACUCAGCGAACUGCUGCUCGACACGUCGCUGCGGAACGCCAUCUUCUCGCGGGUGGACACGGCGAUACGGGGUGUGCGGGACGCAGUGCUGGCAAUUUGAGGAGUUCGCGAACGAGUUUUUGCGAACGCUGUUCGGCGGCAACGUCUCUGCUGCGAUAGAAGAGUUUGCGAACGAGUACUUGCGGACGCCGUUCGGCGCCAACGUGUCUGCGCGACCCGCACCGGAGGCGUACAGCAGCCCGCUCCUGUGGAUGGAGAAGCUCUACAGCGACCCGGAGCGGACCGUCGCGCCCCUGCCACACGCCACCGUUGAGCGGCUGCAAAUGGAAAUCAAGGACAUUGAGGACCGGUUGGUGCUGUUGGGCGGGUUGCUGUACGAGCAAAACUUUGCGGACGCCCACAAGCAGUCGUCCAGCCUGCUCUGGACCGUCCGGGGCUUCCGGGACUACGUGGAUGCGCAACUAGAGGCGGCGAGGGACGGGCUGGCAUGCUGCAAGGUCAAGCACAGCUUGCCUGUCGCGCCCACGUCGGAUGCGUUCCUGUACGCGGGGAUUUUAGCGGCGGGUCUGCUAGUGUACUUUGUCGUCAUAUUCUUCUCCACUCCGCAACGGUGACGAUAACUCAAUCAGGGACGCUUGAUGUAAUUCUUGCUGGG